GAUGCACUCUACGAAGAGGCUAUAUAAUGGACCCGUAAAUAAACUUAGAAAUACACAAUUUUAGUUCCACAUUUGCGAAAUGGAAAGUUCGUUUAAAGUGAGAAACGCAAAAGACGGAGAUGAAAAUUGUAUUAAUGAAGACUGGGUCGGUAUUGAUAUGACACGUCAUAAAGCCAACGUUGCGCAGGAUCCAAAGUACCUGAUGGUGACAGUAGAUGAGAAUGACGAAGCGGUUGGAUAUGGAGGAAUCACCCACGCCACACCGGAUAUUUUUUAUCUUGGAAACUUUAUUGUACGGGAGGACUUGAGAGGGAAAGGGAUCGGAAAAUUGAUAUGGCAGGCGUUGAUUGAACGAGCUGGGAACAGAAAUAUCGCUUUGGAUGCCGUAUCCUAUACGAGGGAUUGGUACGAAAACAACGGCUUCAAGUUUAGUACAUCAAAAGUAGCGUAUUUCAAUGUUUGCGUUAAUGAGGCUGUGAAGAAAUCGGUUCAGUCCGAAUACACGUGCAGGGAUUUGACAGAAGAUCUCUGGCCAAUGAUGGUGAAGUAUGACAGACAGGUGUAUCCUACAUUGAAUCGAGAGCGAAUUCUGCGGGCCUGUUUCUGCGUUGACAGCCAACGGGCUGUGGUUGCGUUGCAUAGUAACCAGGUAGUGGGGUAUGGAAGCAUUCAUGAAAAGCCCCAUCAAGAAUACGAGUUAAAGAACGUCUUUGCAGAUGAUGAAGGCGUUGUUGAAGCGAUGUUAAGAGAGCUUUUCAAAGAUGUACCGGAAGGUCGGGUCGUGCAUUUUGAGAAAAUCGAAGGAAAACCAAUGCCAAAGUAUCUUGAACGCAGCGAUUCUCCUUUUGACUUUUCUGGCAUCCGAAUGUAUAACAAAUAUCCUGUGGAGACAAUUGGAGACAAAAUGUGGUUAUCAUCUGCGACCAUCCUUUGAAACUUUUGUAAAAACUGAUCAACCGUUCAUAAAAGGGACGCAGUUUAGUUAUGAUUAUGCCGUAUAUAUUCGUAAAGGGACUUGUUCACAGUUUGGUAAAAUGACGAUUCUCAAUAUAAUUGUCAUCAAUGUAAAAGAAAGUGAGCACUAUGUUUAAACAAUCAAAAUGACAUUCCUGACGAAGGAAAUAUUUUUUUUAAAUACUGGAUUAUUAACGGAUAACCAUCGUUUCUUAUCGGUUGUAUAAAACGUGUGUAGCGCGUUUCCUAAAUACGUUUGAACAAACGUGUAAAAAACGUGUUGUGCUUACAUAGUGUUUAUGAUGCGCGAAAAAACUAAAGCCUGUAUAUUGAGCUUAAUAUGUAAAAAUCUCGUUGCAUAUAUGAACAAAACAAAACAAUUGAUUUCACGUUUUGUUUGUUAAUUGUGUUUGUUAAUUUGGCAACCUUCUGAACUGGUGAUAGUUUUGUGUCUGUUUGUUACAGUAGAAUGCUUGACUUUUAGUUAAUGUAACACUCACCAUUUUUGGCUGGGCUAGAGAGCCGACAGCAGAGCCAGAACUUUUAUGAUAAAAUUUUCAACGCA